AUGGAGCCAACUACCGACGCGCCUGCCGAGCACGCCGCAAGUUCCACGACCGGCUCCCCCAACAGCAUCAUCGACCGUAAGCGCGAGCUCAAGGCCAUCCCCGGCAGCUUCUCCUACAACCUCGGUCGCCGCGGCUCCGGUCAGGCUCCUCGCUUGGACCUCUGCCUCGGCCACAGCCCCAGCCGCAGCGUCAAGUCCAUCAUCGCUUGGAUCGAAUCCUCGACCGCCACCAAGCGGUCCUCGUCGCGGCUGUCCGCCAGCGACGACGCCGCCUCCCCAAUGCGCUCCCACGUCUCGUCCUACAAGCUACACGGAGAAUCCUCAUCCCAGCAUCCACGCGAGUACAGCACCGGAGGUAUCAAUGUCGACCGUGACUGCCCCACGUUUCUCGACUAUCAACGGUAUUUUGCACAAGACAGCCUGGCGCGGUGCCUGGACGAGCAGCCGUUGCAAACGGCGAUGCCAGAUAAGGCGAGCCUAGAAAAUGGCCCGGCUGUGGUCGAAGAAGCGGUGCGCUGCGAAGAGCGACGGAGAAACAGAAGAGGCGCGGGAGACGGGAGUGCCUUGUCUGAAAAGAGGUCUCCAGCUGAGGUCGCAGCGCUUUAG